UAGCUACUGCUGCUCAUGGAGGUGCAUUAAAGACACUGAUGGGAGACACUCUCUUGGCCACAAAGUAGCCGCUUCUCUGAAGUGCUUCAGCAGCAUUUUAAGCGUAGACCAGCCCAGAGGCCACCAGGUACAUGUCAAAGGGCUCCCAGGGCCUUGCAUUUCCUCCCCCAGACCUCUGGUCCCGCCCCCAUCACAGGCUAGUCCCAGCGCGCCCCGGGGACCUGCAGGAAGGAGGCUCCCCCAACAUUCCAACCGCACGUGCCGCUGCGCCUGCCCAGCCCCCACGGACGGCGGAAAGGGCAGGAGGAAGCCGCGCAUGCGCAGCGGCUAGACUGGGCCCUGGAGCCGCCGCAAGGGAGCGAAACCGGCCCGCAGCCCGGCGGCCGCACUGCGCAUGCCCGCGGGGAGGGGCGGGCAGCCGGAGCCGGAGCCGGCCUAGUGGAGGGGCGGGGAUGGCCAGUCUGGUGCCAGGGGCAGCGGCUCUCGCCGCCCCGGGAGCGGCCCGCAGCAAGAAGCGUCCGGCGAGCCCGGGCAACGGCAGCGGCCCCAGCAAGAAGAAGAAGGUGCCGGCGGCGCCGAGCGGCCCCCAGCUAGCGAGUGUAGGUGCAGAGACCAUGAAUGAGAAUAAAUUUAUGAGUGUGGAUCCCAAUACCGGGCCAAUGGAAGCCGCCAUCAAACCGUUGCCAUUUAAGGAUCCAAACUUCAUUCACUCUGGCAUUGGUGGAGCAGCAGCUGGCAAGAAGAACAGAACUUGGAAGAACCUAAAACAAAUUCUUGCUUCUGAAAGGGCAUUGCCAUGGCAACUCAAUGAUCCUAGUUACUUUAAUAUCGAAGCUCCUCCUUCCUUUAAACCAGCCAAGAAAUACUCUGAUAUUUCAGGACUUCCUGCAGUUGGUGGAUGACAUCAGAGGAGACAAUACGUCUCCCAUGGGAUCCUUCAUCUGAGUGAUACCUGCCACUUGGAUCUCAGCUGGCAACUCCUAAAUCUAGAGGGUCGAUCGGACCACUGAUUCAAACACAUGCCUUUCUCCCCUGUCAUUUGGGACAUAGCUCGCCCACUCCCCUCCAGCCAGUUUGUUUUUAAACCAGAGUAUUAUCUAUAUUAUGGUAGUACCCAGGAUCCCCCAGGAAUGAUCAGGGUUCAGUUGUACUAAGUGCCACAUAAACAAGUAAUCCAGAAGUCUCUCAUUCUAUAGGAAAGACAGGGCGCAACAGGUGGAUGAAAUAGACAAAUGGGGGGUUGUUUGUAUUAUUGUUACCUCACCCUCCCAAACAGAUUUUAGCGGAAAAAAAGAGGAUGCAACUAGUGUCUUCAUCCCCCUCUGUCUUUUUCCCAUCCCCCUCCCCUUACAGUUGCUUUGCAGGUGUUAACAGUAGCCCUAAUUGGGGUUACUUGGGGUGCAGUAACCCAGGCCUAGCACAGGGGAGGGCUGCUGAGAGAGCUUAAUUGCAUAAGCCUUUUCCACUUCCACCUCCCAAAGCAGCUCUAUAAUUCCCUUCCACACUGGCCUUGACCCUCUUCAGAAUUGGUCAGUUAGCCUCUCUAAUCCAUGUGCUCACUACUAUUUCCCACUGCUACAUAAAGAUGUGUCAGAAUUUGGCUUUUAAUUAGCCAGAGGAGACCAAAUUUAGCCUGGGGAAGCCUGUAGGUUUCCUACAGACUUCAGCAGGCUCGUCCCUUCUUUUUUCCCAUCCCCCACUGUCAAUGAGCUAUGUAAAUGUAACUACUCUAGCAUGAUCCAAAUAAUCUCUCUGACUGCAUUCAGCGCUGCUUUUUUUCUUUUCUCUUUUGGCUUUUUCAAUUUUUCAUCUUCUGAAUUCAUCUUGGGACAAAGUUCCUAUUUUGCUAUGGCUGGAAGGUUUCUCUUGACUGAUAAAAAUAUCCUGCUUAACAACUGAUGUGUCCUGUAAAUUGCUGAGUCAGAAUUGGUUCAUAAGAAGUAGAACCUUUAUUCUUAAAAUCACUUCCUAAUGGGAAGAUACAGUACGUAAGGGAAUAUUUUAGAAGUCUAGUCCAAAAAAUGUCCCCCUGUUCUCUGUGAGAAAUCUGAUAGCAUUUGUGUGAGAACAUUUCCUGUGAGGAGUGCAGGAUUCCCCAAGAAAUGCUAUGUGCAAUAAAUUCUUUGGCAUUACUCAUGCAAGGAAGUAUUAAAUGGUCUGUCUUAUAUAAAAUGAGGAGUGUAUUAAAACUUUCCCAUCAGUACAUCAGCAGUUAUGUUAAACACCACAACUGAAUUCUGUUGAUUCUUGUCUCUUUCGAUGGAAUUAUAUUCCUUAAUGGUCUAAUAAGGCAGCCAAUUUAUAGUUUUAAUGCAGCAUAUGCUAAAAGUUCAAAAAGAAUUCUAUUUAUGGAUUGCAUUUGCAUUUUUAGACACAAGCUCUUCUGUUGAAACUUAGAAGGUAGGCCUUUGGUCAUAAUAACAUAUAGAACAAAGUAAUCUAAUCUAACAGAAAAAAUUACUCAAAUGCUUGAACUUCUGCCUUUUCUGAAAAUGGAUCAUCUUUGGUGCUGUAGAAACAGACUAAGAUAAUUACAUACUUCAAAACAUGAUAAAGUAUCUGUGGCCUUUGACUUAGUUUACAAAAUGUGGAGGGCUUUUUCCAUGCAGAAUUGUAUUUCUCUGCUUUUUAUCUGGUUUAAUUAUUGCAGAAAUAUGUGAAAAAGUUUUACUCAGAUUGCUUCUAACAUAAUUUAUCUGAAAAUCAGAUGGUAAUUACAUCUACUAUAUAGUAAUAUUUUGACCUCCAGUGUGAAGUGUAAGACUGGUAGAGGAUCCUCUCAGGAUCACAAUUUUUUAACAUGUAUCAGAGGAGUAGCCGUGUUAGUCU